AUGGCAUCUCAACUACUACCUCUCGAGUUGGUCGACAAGUGUGUUGGUUCGCGGAUAUGGGUAGUGAUGAAGGGGGAGAAGGAAUUCAGCGGCACACUGGUUGGCUUCGAUGACUACGUCAACAUGGUCUUGGAAGACGUAACAGAAUACGAACCUACUGGCGAGCAGAUCAAGCUUAAGAAGAUUCUUCUCAACGGAAACAACAUCUGCAUGUUGAUUCCUGGAGGCGAUGGACCUGGCGCUUCGUUAUAA